UUGCGAAUCUGGCAACAGAAUCUCAAUGGCUCCCUAAUAGCCCAACUGUCAUUACUCAAUAACCCAGCCGUCGCUGACUGGGACAUCUUACUCCUACAGGAACCACAUAUCAACUUCCUCCGUAAUACUAGCGCCAACCAUCAUUGGCACGUCCUCUAUCCC